AAAUUCUAGACAGGAAGUUGUAAAGUGUUUGCCCACUGCCGACGUAACACUGUAGUAACAAUAAUGGCUGCCCCUAGCAGUAGGCAAGUUCUCCGGCGCCUCUGUCAAUUUGGCGCCUUUAUUUUGACCCGAUUUGGUUUCUGGAACUGCUUUACAAUGCUGAUGCUCUUUGCCGAGCGCGCGGAUGUAAAAAGGAAACCUGACAUCCAGGUUCCCUACUUGUACUUUGACAUGGGGGUAUCAGUUCUUUGUGCCAGCUUCAUGUCCUUUGGGGUGAAGAGGAGGUGGUUUGCACUGGGGGCCGCCAUACAGUUAGCUAUCAGCACCUACGCUUCUUAUAUUGGUGAACAAGUGCACUAUAGUGACUGGCUGAAGGUAAGGAUGUACUCCAGAACCCUGGCUAUCAUCGGGGGUUUCCUGGUCCUAGCCAGUGGUGCGGGGGAGGUAUACAGACAGAAACAUCGCACCAGAUCGCUGCAGUCCACCGGACAGGUCUUCAUAGGGGUCUACCUCAUCUGUAUGGUGUACUCCCUCCAGCACAGUAAAGAGGACAGGAUGGCCUACCUGAACCACAUCCCUGGUGGGGAGAUCACCCUAAUGCUACUGGUGGUGCUGUUUGGAGUGCUGGCCCUGGCCUUCCUCUCUGGCUGUUAUAUCCGUCUAGCUUCACAGAUCCUGGCAGUGGUCCUGCCCCUCAUCCUGCUCUUCAUCGACGGUAACCUGGGCUACUGGCACAACACGCGCCAUGUAGAGUUCUGGAACCAGUUGAAGCUGAUGGGGCAUAACGUGGGUAUUUUCGGGGCUGUGCUGAUUCUGGCUACAGACGGUUGAAUGGAAUGGACACCUUGGCAGACUAUCAGAAGAGAUGCCAAUACUUAACAUGUGACUGAAGCUACAUUUAGUGUUUCAAUUGGCACCCUAUUCCCUAUAUAUUGCACUACUUUUGACCAAAGCUUUGGCCAAAAUAAUGCAUUAUAUUGGGAAUACGGUGCCACCUGGUCAAAAGUAGUGCACUAUAUUGGGAAUAAGGUGCCAUGUGAGACUUAUACAGUCUUUCUGGAUCCUCAGAUGAACUGAUCCUCACUUACAGCAGGAGAUACAUGGUGAUUGGACGCUAAUCCCUGCCUGACAGACAGCCAUGUGGGUAGACCUUAUCGUUAACUACCUGUCCAACUUUGCUUCUGCAGAAAAUAGAUAUGAGCCCUGUUGAGUUUUUUUAUUUUUUUAUACUGAACAAAAAUACAUAACGCAACAAUUAACUAUUUUACAGUUCAUAUAAGGAAAUCGGUCAAUUAAAAUAAAUAAAUUAAGCCCUAACCUAUGGAUUUCACAAAAGGGCUUUAUUACAGACAAAUACUCAGUUUCAACAGCUGUCUGGGUGGCUGGUCUCAGAUGAUCCUGCAGGUGAAGAAGCCGGAUGUGGAGGUCCUGGGCUGGCAUGGUUUCACAUGGGUCUGCGGUUGGACGUACAGCCAAAUUCUCAAACGUUGUUGGAGGUGGCUUAUGGAAGGGAAAUGAACAUUAAAUUAUCUGGAAAGAGCUCUAGUGGACAUUCCUGUAGUCAGCAUGCCAAUUGCGCGCUCCCUCAAAACUUGAGACAUUUGUGGCAUUGUU